UCAAAGCGUUCAUUGAUGUGGAACGUCAUAUAAAACCCCAUAGAUUGUAGUUAUUUCACUAUGUGCAUCAUGGAAGUCAAGCUGAUCGUAGUCCUGCUGGUCACGAUGACACUCGUGGUCAACGACCUCGUCUUAGCUGACUUCUUUUUUAACCACCCGCUGCCAAAACAAGAGGAUGUAGGCCAGAAAAUGGUAUGUGUUCCUGGGCGAACCAUAAUCAAGAUAACAGAGAAACGUGUGACAUUAAAUACCGAGCCGGAUAGCAACUCAGAGGAGUUCGAUAUGCGCAAGUCAGCUAGAAGGUGGCACAUGACAACACCUACGAAAGAUCAGUCCUGCCAGAUGUGCGUGUGCAACGAUAGUGGAAAGAAAGAGUACUGCAGCAAAAGAUCAGCUGACAGUGUUAACGAAUGUAUCAGGAUCAAAGCCCUGACGGAAGAAUACAAUGCCGGUAUACCGUACUCGCACUCCAGGGCUCUAGCGUACAGGAUCAGACGAGUAAACUCUGGUAACAUACCAACUGCGAAAUGUGUCCCUUUCGUUUCGGAGUACACCGACUGUAAUGAAGAUAACGUUUGCUCGGGCUGCAGUAGAUGCACUUGCACAGGUGAGGGUGAAUGGUCCUGUGAGGAAGUCAAGGACUGCCGGGAAGAUGGAGGUGAGGAUGAUGAGGACAUCGAGGAACCUGACGACGGGAUCUUUGAUAACGCUCUCAAGACGCUAGAGACUGAAAUGAACAAGAAGCGUUUGUUGAAUAUAAAGAACUCGCAGCACCCGAGAGUUCCAGCUCCCAAUGUGCUCCAGGAACAAGACGAUCUAUUAGGUUAUUUGGUAGCAAUACCUCGUCAAUGAGCACUGAUUCGCACGUACUUUUAAUAUAGCACUAUUGCACAAUUGUAUUUAGUUUUAUUUCGGCUUCAAACAAUCGAAUCAUCGAGGUAAGUGG